AGGCGGAAGCGGAAGCGGGGCUCAGAGCCGGAAGCGGGAGCUGUGCGGGCCGCCAUGUCGGGUCGGGGGAAGCUGAUCGCCGUGGUGGGGGACGAGGACACCGUGACCGGGUUCCUGCUGGGCGGCGUCGGGGAGAUGAACGCGCAGCGCAAACCGAACUUCCUCGUGGUGGAGAAGGAGACCAGCGUGGCAGAGAUAGAGGAGACCUUCCGGAGCUUCCUGAGCCGCGACGACAUCGGGAUCAUCCUGAUCAAUCAGUGUGUGGCGGAGCUGAUCCGCCAUGCAGUGGAGGCCCACACGCGCUCGCUGCCCGCCGUGCUCGAGAUCCCCUCCAAGGAGCAUCCGUACGACGCCGCGCGGGACUCGGUGCUGCGCCGCGCCAGGGGCAUGUUCACCGCCGACGACCUGCGAUAGAUGGGGGCUGACAUGGGGGCACCCAUAUAGGGGCUGCUAUAGGGGACAAUACAAUAGGGGGCUGCAAAAUGGGA